UUCAGCGAGUCCAAACAGACAUUGAAUAAAUUGAUAAUGUUGUUUGAGGGGAUACUGAUAGCUGCAACAGUUUUCCUCAUUUUCUAUCGAUAUGUUACCAAGAAUUUUGACUGCUGGGAAAAAAUCGGUAUACCCUAUAUAAAGGGAAUAUUUCCAUAUGGUAGUCACAUUGAGAUAUUGACACAGUCUAAGCAUAUUAAUGAACUGUUCCGUGAGGGUUAUGAGAAAUAUCGAGAUGAGGAUUUCCAUGGAAUGUUUUUGUUUGGAAAACCUGUUCUUGUCAUACACAACACAGAGAUGCUGCGACAUGUUAUGGUAAAAGACUUUAACUAUUUUGUGGACAAAAAUGAUUCUAAUUUUACCAAGCUUUUUGAUGGAGGUGAAUAUGAUCAGUAUUGGCUGAAGCAACUUACCAGUCUGAAUGGGGAUGAGUGGAAAGAUGUAAGAUCAACGUUUUCCCCUAUUUUCACCUCUGGAAAGAUGAAAGGUAUGCUGCGUUUCAUCGCCGAGAUUGCACAGUGUCUAAAAACUGAGUUUAAAGCUCAUGCUGAUUCUGGACAAGAUUUUGAGCUCAGGGAAGUUUUUGGAAAGUUCAGUUUAGACUCGCUUGCAUAUUGUGCUUUUGGAAUCAACCCCAAGAGCUUUGAGGGUGAAAAAACAAUAUUUGUAAAAAAUGCAGCAAGAAUGUUUACCAUUAAUCUCUUGGAUAACAUAAAAAUCUUCUCAAGAUUACUUCCCUGCAGUGCUGAGCUGCAAAAAAUGCUAAACCUUAGUAUAUUAAAGCCAAAAGAAACUAAAUUCUUUUACGAAGUUAUCAAGAAAACCAUUAAGCACAGAAGAGAAACUGGAGACCGUCCUAAUGACCUCAUCGACAUGAUGAUUGAUUGCAUGAAGCCAAUGUCAGGAACUGAGAAGAACUCAUAUUCUGAAUCUUAUGAUCAAUUUGAAAAAGAUAUGGAGCUUCAGCAUAAGAAGACUAGUAAAAUUGAUGAAGAUAUGGUUGUGUCUACUGCCCUCAUUCUGUUGGUUGCUGGAUAUGACACUACAGGAAUGACUCUGUCCUACAUUGGAUACUUCCUCUCAAAGCAUCAAGCUAUUCAGACAAGACUACAGGAUGAGAUAGAUCAAGCGUAUGAAGAGAACGAAGGAAAGUUACCAGAAUACCAAAUUAUUCAAGAGCUACCAUACCUAGAGAUGUGUAUCAUGGAAUCAUUAAGAUGCAUGACCCCAGUAGGAGGUAUGCUGAGAGCCUGCACUAAAGAUUACAGAUUCCCUAACAGUAAUGUGGAGGUUAAAGUAAAUGAUUUAAUUCUAAUACCAGCACAUGGAAUACACAAAGAUGAAAGAUACUAUCCAAACCCAGAACAGUUCAAUCCAGAACAUUUUUCAAAGAAGGCUAAACAAUCCAGGAGUCCAUUCACCUUUUUGGGAUUCGGUCAGGGUCCUCGGGCCUGUAUUGGGAUGAGGUUUGCCCUCCUAGAGGCUAAGGUUGCAGUUAUGGAGGUUUUGCACAACUAUUCCUUUACAUACAGCAACAAAAACCCUGAGGUUCUACGAAUAGAUCCUCAAAGUCAGCUGGGAUAUAUCAAGGAAGGUCUCUAUGCAAAGAUAGAACACAGGAACUAAAAAAAA